AUGUGGCGUCAAAAAAGUUUUUCUUUUUCCAGUUUGUUACAAAAAGCUGUGGUCGAAGAGAUUAAAGACAACGUCAUACCAUCGCUGUCGGUCAGGAGAGGGAGUACGGCAAAUUUACAACCCAAUUCGAAUAACGUUCAAUUGAGAAAAUUCAGUUUUCCGACAGCGUUGCCAUCGAAUUUUUUAGGUCUCGAAUCGACGGCCAAAAGAAGAUUCAGCAGCGUGUCCGAUGCAGUCACGAGAAAAUUAUCGAGCACCAUAGGAUGGAAAAAUGGUCAAAAACAAUGUCAGGAAAUUGUUCUCGUUGGUAAAAGUCUUUGCAGUCAAUACAUUCGUAGCAGACUCAAACGUUCGGGAUUUUUAAAUAAAAAAUGCAGUUUGCAAAGAGUUCGUAGUGCCGUCAACAUCGGUGGUUUAGUUUUUCGCGAAGUGUAUCCGGAAUUGUUAGGCCUGGGGGUCGAAUUGGAAAGGUUGCAUCCCAAAGUGUACGUAAACAUAAUAAGGCAAGCUUGUUCCAUACCGGGAGGAAGGCUAACGUCUGAAAAAGAAGUUGGAGUCAUAUUAACGACAAUAUCUAGAGAGCUUUUGAAAAACGAAUUAACGUGGGGAAAAGUCGUGUCACUUUAUGCUGUUGCGGGUGGUUUGGCUGUCGAUUGCGUCAAACAGGGACAUUACGAUUAUUUAAAAUGCAUUGUCGAAGCAAUGGAAGAAAUAUUAGAAGAUGAUUUAGCACAUUGGAUUCAAUGCAAGGGAGGCUGGGUAUGA